AGCAAGGAAGAAAAUGUCGAGUUCAAGUUUCCUUUCAAAGUUGUCGUUUUUGUUCAUUUAAUAGUAAUCCUAUUAACCCUAAUCAUAACAUGUUUGUUUAGAAUAAAUAGUUACCUAUGAAAGUGAGGAUAAAGUGUUUAACUUUACAUUAAGAGUUAAAUUUGUUCUAACUUGGUUAUAGGCCUAAUCGAUUAAAGGUUAAAAUAGGGCAAUGGCAUCAAAAGAUAAUGACCAUAGGCCAAGGCCUACUCAGUUGUCGUUGUCAACGCUUCAAAAUCAACUAUCGGUUGCGAGGACCGAAAUCAGUAAUUUAAGAAAAGAACUAAAAACCCUGAGGCAUUCAUACUCUAAAGACCUAAACAAUAUCAAGGAGGCGUUGGACAACUGGAGUUGUUCGUCGUGUAAAUUGCAUUCCCAAAACGGUGAAAACAAGAUGGAUUGCCAGGCUUUGGUUGACACAUAUGACGAAACCAUUAAACUGCAACCAAUUGGAUUCAUUAGCACUGGUUUCAUUAGAAAACGAGCAGUGCCAAGACAGCCUAAUGUAAAUCUAAGCAGUCAAGGAAAAAUUACGUUGUUUAAUCAUGUUUUUACAAAUCCUGAACAUUCUCUUGAAGGAUUGGAUGGGUUUUCCCACAUGUGGAUUUUAUUCCAUUUUCACAAGAAUGAGUCUAAUCACAUCCGAGCUAAAGUUGCCCCUCCAAGAUUGAAUGGAGCUCGUAUCGGGGUUUUUGGCACUCGCUCCCCUCACAGGCCUUGUCCUAUUGGACUUUCCCUUGUGCACAUUGAUAAAAUUGAUGGGAGCAGCAUAUUCUUCUCAGGUGUAGACAUGGUGGACGGUACGCCAGUUUUGGAUUUGAAGCCGUACAUCCCUCACUACGACAACCCCUCGGACCUCACUGUCGACACCGAGGGGAUGGAACGACUGGAGCUGGAUGGUCAGGAGUCGGAAGAAGAGGGUGGUUCAGCUUCGGCCCCCCUCCCAAUUGUGGGGUUGCGGCCUCCGCUCCCUCCAUCUGACGUGAUUGAACGAGAAGCACCUGACGGAGAAGAAGAACAACUACAAGCAGCAAUCAGGACACACUCUCCUCUGCCAUCUAGUGCCCAUGUUCGUGUUCCAGAGUGGAUUUCCCAAUCACCAAUGUCACAGUUGCAAGUGACUUUCACACCUCAAGUUCAAGGUAAUCUGGACUCAAUCUCAGAGCGAGAAGGAAACAUUUCACGAAUCAUAACAGACAUUCUACGUGAAGACCCUAGAUCAGUCUACUUACGUGACCGCUACGCCAACCAGUUCUAUACGUUUUUGAUCAACGGACACCAUGUGAGCUGCAAGUUUGAUGAUAACAGUCGUACUGUCAAAGUGUUCCGAGUAGUGUCGGCUGGUACGAUGUGCGAGUGCGGAGUCGAGCAGUGGCAAUGUUCGAUACAUGGCGAACCUGUGGAUACUUAGGUGUGCGAAGUGUGGUAGUGAUUAUACUGUAUUAUCAACUACCUGAUCUGUGAUAGAUCUACUGGAGCUUUUUAGGUUAGGUAGGCCUUCUAGUACUACAAAACAAUAUGAGGGUUUUUAAAGUUGUGUGGUUUUAAAAAUAAUAUUGAUGAUUUGUUGAAACCCAAGGGUAGGGAAAUGUUCUGCUGUUUGUUUUUGAAUUUUUUAAUAAAUAAAUAAAAAUGUUUAUUUAUUUAGGGCCCAAAUCAUUCCUAAAUGCUAACAGCAUAAAGAAGACAUUCUAAUGUGGUGAAUAACAUGGCUUUCAAAGAAUUGCAGCCUAUGUUCUAUUUAUUUUUUUUAAACCACACAACAAUAAAAAUACCUUUAACAUUUUUGCACAGCUGUACUUACAUAUUUUUGUUUGGUAAGCUCACAACUACAUUCAACUGGGGUUUUGAUGCAACCGCCUUAACAUUUUUGAUGCAAUUACAUCUUCAAAGUUAUAUUCAUAGCUUGAAACAGAAAAUAAUAUGCAAGUUAAGUAGACUUUAUCGUAAGUUACCCCAUAUACUCAAUUACCUCAUUAGCACCCGUACCUCAAUCUCAAUAUUGAGCCUGGAUUAGGGUUCAGCAGGACACAUUUAAAACUCUAAAAAUUAUGAUUGAUUUUUUUGUAUUAUUGAUUUUUGUAAAUAAACAUUGUAACGGACUAAAGCGAGGUCCCUCA